GUCUUGGCUUAAGCUCCGUGCGCUCCGAUCAGCAGUGAAAGCCCGACGCGCUCUGUUCGUGUUUUCGUGGCCGAAAGAGAUGUGUAUUUUGGCUUCCCCUCGAGCCAGCCGCCGUCACCAUCAGCGGUAACAACAGAAGCUGUGGUGUGCUAGGAAAACGAAAAUCAAAGCUGCAGUAAUCCAGUGAAGAAGCAAGCGAGAGCAAAUUCCAUCAAGUAUAAUGAUAAAACCACGCAGAGCCGUCGCCGCCCGGGGCUACGAAGAAAUGGACGGCGCUAAUGUGCCCAGUCCACGAAACGGAGCGACCACUGGGACGGCUGGAAUCGGUGGUGACGUCGAUUCGUCUAGUCCAAUCAACAAUGGUGCCCCGCCGGAGUUUGAAUUGGCUUCCGUUAGUGUGGUUCCGGAUGACACAUUUACCGUGACACAGGCCGUGAACGCCUUGGGGUUUGGUUGGUUUCAGGUGAAAUUGUCCCUUUGCGUAGGACUUUGCUGGAUGGCCGAUUCGAUGGAGAUGACCAUUUUGAGUGUGCUAGGACCGGCGUUGCACUGUGACUGGGGCAUCACACGAUACCAGCAGGCACUGGUUACCACCGUGGUGUUUCUAGGGAUGAUGCUGAGUUCGACCUUUUGGGGGCACUUGAGCGAUCGGUACGGAAGAAAACCGGCCCUUACGCUGUGUGGUGUUUUACUAUUCCUAUAUGGUCUGCUGAGUUCCGUUGCCCCAAGCUUCGGAUGGUUGCUGUUGUUACGAGGUCUGGUAGGAUUCGCCAUCGGCUGUGUUCCUCAAUCUGUCACGUUAUACGCCGAGUUCCUGCCGACAAAGCAGCGCGCUAAAUGUGUGGUCCUGCUGGACUGUUUCUGGGCAUUAGGAGCCUGCUUCGAGGUGGCACUGGCUAUGGCCGUAGGUCCAAACCUUGGAUGGCGAUGGCUUCUCGGACUAUCCGCGGCUCCGUUGUUUGCGUUUGCUGUUGUAACACCGUGGUUGCCUGAAUCUGCCCGUUAUCACGUUACUAGCGGGCAAAGCGAUAAGGCGUUGGCUACUCUCGAGCAGAUCGCCAAAGAUAACAAGCGACCAAUGCUGUUGGGUCGACUGGUGGUGGAAGGUCCUACCGGGUCCCGGGGUAGCGUAAAAGCGUUGCUCGGCAGUUCGCUCCGAAGAACCACGUUGCUGUUGUGGUUUAUUUGGAUGUCGUGUGCCUUCUGCUAUUACGGCCUGGUGCUAAUGUCUACAGAAUUGUUCGGUGGCAAGAAUAAAACGGUUCUGCCUGAUACGGAAAACGAUUGUCACCCACUAGCCACAACCGAUUACAUGGAUCUACUGUGGACGACGUUGGCCGAAUUUCCCGGCAUCUUCGCUACCAUCUACGUGAUCGAGAAGUUUGGCCGCAAGAAAACAAUGGCACUACAGUUUCUGCUGUACGCAGGGUGUGUCCUAAUGAUCACCGUUACCGAUGUACGUGUCUUUUUGACCAUCAUUUUGUUCAUGGCACGUGGCAUCAUUGCUGGCCUGUUUCAGGCGGCAUACGUGUACACCCCGGAAGUUUACCCCACGGCGCUGCGAUCGGUCGGAGUCGGUGGUUGUUCUGCUCUGGCCCGUCUAGGAGCUAUGGCAACUCCUUACGUGGCCCAAGUACUGCUGCAGUCGUCAAUCUGGAGUGCAGUGACGGUGUACGGGUUCUUCGCCGUUUGCGCCAGUGCCGCCUGUAUUAUGUUACCCUACGAAACACGGGGUACUGACAUGGGCCAGUAAUAACAGCAAUACUCACUUUACGCCGUCCGUUGCAUUGAGAUUGGCAGUUUGUUCCAAACAUUCACUGACACAAAGAUACCUCUUCGGUGGAAAAACACACGACACGGUUGUUACUUACUCUAGAAAAAAUAAGGAUUUUUUGCUUUUGUUGAACGAACAAAUCGAUUUACAGUGUUUAGAUAGUGUGUAUAUACAAGUAUUUAUUUUUUCGAUAUUGACUAUUUAUUAUUACCGCGAGUAAAGUAUAUUUUCU